UUUAGGGCUUGAUUCCACCAUAUCCAUCGCGAAGGGUCCAUUAAAGACUCAUCCUUACCUAUCCUAUCCUAACUAUGUCGUCACGCUGGAGCUUGGGCCUGAGAGACUAUCCGAUAAUUGUUGCUGUAAGUUCAUUAUCGAGUCUCAUUAUGUGCUCACACCCUCCUGUGCAGGCUGCAACAACCAGUCUGGGCGUUUUGCUAGGCCUUGUUAUUGGUCGAACGGUGGGAAUGAACUCAAAUAGUCGAUCACAAUUCCCAGUUCCAGACAAAAGACUGCAAAUUCAACCCUCAGAUUUGUUAGAGGUUGUAGAGAAAGAGAAAAGACCUAAUGAGCCAGUGGUCGACUGUACACGGUCUUGGAUCUACGUACCCCUCCUCCUGGACAGAAAAAGAAAGUGGUGUGAAUUUCCUGAAAGUGUUUCUUCCAGAAGAUUUUCCCCAAGCUCGGGUUCUGGCUUUUGUUUAUCCUUCUCAGCCAUUUUCAGAUCCUGUUCAUGUGGAUCUAAAAGAACUAGGCAUUCGUCUCCUUCGUGCUCUUGUGGAUGACAGACAAGGAUCCUCAAUAAAGAAAAAACGUGCAAUAAUUUUCAUUGGACACAGUUUUGGAGGAUUGGUUAUAAAACAAGCUCUUGUUCAGGCUGGAAGUUACAAUAGUGGUGUCCAGGGCAUGCAAAAUGAUAUCAUCGAGGCCACUCGUGGCAUUAUCUUCCUCGGGACACCGCAUUUUGGGUCCAGAUACGCAACUCUGGGUCUUAUUCGUGCUUGGGUCUCUCACAUCGUUGGUGGUGCUCAUACCACCCUUUUGUACACUCUCCUUGAGCAAUCACUUGAACUCAGACGUCUCAAUGAGAAUUUUUUGGCAUUUCCCGCUAUUCACAAAAUUCGGGAUAAUAUCAUCUGCUUUUUUGAGCUAAAAGGCGAGGUUGGAGCAUUUGGACGUGUCGUUGAUGAAGAAUAUGCUUGCAUUGAUUCAUUUCAAAGAAUCAGUUGCAAUUCCACACAUAAAGGCCUCAACAAAUUCUCGGAGCGAAAUGGGGAAUACCGUGAUAUAUAUCGAUCUAUUCAGCGCGCCUACACUUCCAUCGUAGCACGCAGUAAACUUGACAACUAUGCAAACUCGGAAUAUGCGUUCUUCUGCAAGAUUACCGGUGAUGGCUUUCUUGUCUUCGACCAUGAUGAAGCAUGUGUCCGUCAGACGGACACUGAGUGGAUAAUCUAUCAACGUUGCAGUGGCAACUCUUGUACACUUCUCUUUCAACAUGAGAAAACACAAACAAAAAUUGCAGUCACAAUGGGGGUCCACAAUUAUGCUCCGUGGGUGUUUGUUUCUACAGAUGUAGAGACAGAGACCGCAGUGCAGAUAACGGCUUCCUUCUAUGACGAUAAAGGAAAGAGGCCCUACACCCACAACCAUUGGCAUCAAGUGCGUACGUCAAUGGGAAAAGUGCCUUUUUCCAAUGUUUCUGCAACUGCAAAAAUCACAGAUAUGGAGGAUAUGGAGAAACGAUAUCAAGCGAUGAUAGAACUGUCUGGGUUUGAUAGUUGAAUGAACAGCAGGGAUGUACAUGUACAGUUCAAAAUUAUUCCAUCUACAAUUGACAUGUAUGUGAGUACUAAUAAGAUAAUUAGAAACAA